AUGGCUUACUACUCCAUCACCACUCCUUCCUUCCUGUUAUUCUUCUUUCCAACUCUUGUAGCGUUUCUUUGGUCGCUUCUCUUCUUCUCUUCUUCAGUUGCUGCUUAUGCAACUACAACUGGGGUCGUCUCUCUUCAGUUGUCAUCAAGUGAAGCAGAACCUCUCCUCAAAUGGAAAGCCAGCCUUCAAAACUACUCCGUUGCUGCUCUCGGUUCUUGGAAGCUUACUACAUCGUCACCAACUGCCAAUUCCACCAGUACUAAUGCCACUUCAUCAUCAUGCAAGUGGUUCGGACCCAUACCCGAUCAUAUUGGUAGUUUCUCCAAACUCACCCACCUCGAUCUCUCCAAUAAUAAUCUUUCCAGCAUUCUACGUCCCACCUUGAGUAAUUUAAGUAACCUUCUAUUUCUACACCUGUAUUCCAAUCAACUCGGUGGUCCAAUACCAUCAGAAAUAGGAAAUCUAGACAAUCUGGUUAACUGGGCACUAAACAACAAUGAGCUCAAUGGUCCAAUCCCUCACUCUCUGGCUAAUUUAAGUAGACUAGAGAAACUCAAUUUGUCUGUGAAUCAAUUAUCUGGUCUGCGGCCUUCAGAAAUUGGAGAUAUGGAAAAUCUGGUUGUGUUGGACCUAUCUGAAAAUAAACUCAGCAGUCCAAUCCCUCACUCUCUGACUAAUUUAAGUAAACUAGAGCUUCUCUAUUUGUUUGAAAAUCAAUUAUCUGGUCCAUUGCCUUCAAAUAUUGGAGAUAUGGAAAAUCUUGUUGUCUUGCCGCAAUAUCGAAACAAACUCAGCAGUCCAAUCCCUCACUCUCUGGCUAAUUUAAGUAGACUAGAAAAACUCUAUUUGUAUGUGAAUCAAUUAUCUGGUCCGCUACCUUCAGAAAUUGAAGAUACGGAAAAUCUGGUUGAGUUGGACCUAUCUGAAAACAAACUCAGCUGUCCAAUCCCUCACUCUCUGACUAAUUUAAGUAAACUAGAGCUUCUCCAUUUGUUUGAAAAUCAAUUAUCUGGUCCGCUGCCUUCAGAAAUUGGAGACACGAAAAAUCUGGUUGACUUGGAGAUUUCUCAAAACAAACUUAGCGGUCAAAUCCCUCAUUCUCUAGCUAACUUAAGUAAGCUAGAGAUCCUCUAUGUGCAUGAUAAUCAAUUAUCUGGUCCGCCGCCUUCCGAAAUUGGAGAUAUGGAAAAUCUUGUUGACUUGGCGCUAAAGCAAAACAAUCUCUGCGGUCCAAUCCCUCAUUCUCUGGCUAAUUUAAGCACACUAGAGGAGCUCUACUUGUAUGGGAAUCAUUUAUCUGGUCCCAUACCUCAAGACUUAGGUAGCCAAGCAUCCAUUCUAGUAAUCGACUUGUCUAACAAUCUCUUAUCUAGAAGCUUACCACAACAAAUAUGCCAAGGACGAUCACUUCAAAAAUUAACGAUUGACAACAAUAGUCUCAUGGGUCCUAUUCCAGAUUUGAGAAAUUACACAAAGCUAUCACCAAAUUGGGGAGAAUGUAAGAAUUUGUCAGUGCUAAAGAUUUCUGGAAACAAUAUUAGUGGGAAGAUACCAUCUGAGGUUGGUCCGUUAACUCGACUUGGAGAACUUGACCUUUCUUUCAACAAACUUGCUGGAGAAAUACCAAAGGAACUCAGUAGCUUAUCCGAUUUGCUCAGCUUAUAUUUAAAUGACAACCAGAUUUCAGGGCAUGUACCAGUGGAAAUCGGCAAAUUAAUCAAUUUGGAGCAUCUAGACCUAUCAUCAAACAUGCCAACUGGAUCAAUCCCCGCACAACUUGGCCAUUGCUCAACAUCAUUGUCAUUAAAUUUGAGCUGUAAUUCAUUGAAUGGAAGCAUUCCAUCUCAAAUUGGUGAUCUAGUAUUCCUACAAACUCAAUUGGACCUUAGUCAUAACUCAAUCAGUGGACUGAUACCAACACAGCUUGCAAAGUUAGUGAUGUUGGAAAUUUUGAAUCUAUCUCACAAUAUAUUCACAGGUUCCAUCCCCCUUUCUCUUGAAGAUAUGAUUAGCUUAGUAUCUCUUGAUUUGUCCUAUAAUCAGUUGGAGGGUGUUGUUCCUAACAAUAGGGUUUUCAGACAUGCUGCUUCACCACAAGCAUUUAGAGCCAACAAAGGGUUAUGUGGUGAACUUCAAGCUCUACUUCCCUGCAAUCGAUCUCGUACAAAUAAGGGAUAUAGUAAAAAUGGACACAAAGUCCUCAUAUCCAUCAUUGCUUCUUUGAUAGGAACUGUGUUCCUUGCAUUUGGAAUCAUUGUUGUCCUUUUUCUCUUGCAAAAAAAAAUGAAAAAAGGAAAUGUAGAAGCAACAAGAAGAAACCAUGGCAAUAUAUUUUCAAUUUGGAAUUUCGACGGCAAGAUUGCUUAUGAGGACAUAAUUCAAGCAACAGAGGAUUUUGAUGCCAAAUAUUGCAUUGGGGCAGGAACUUAUGGGAGUGUUUACAAAGCAGUCCUACCUACAGGCCAUGUAGUAGCCUUGAAGAAGUUCCAUCCAUUCGACAGUGAGGUAGUAGUUGAUGAAAGCUUUGGGAAU